AUGUCUCAGCCAGAUUAUGAAAUCUACAAGCUUGGCGACUGGGAGUUGCAGAGUGGAGAAAAGAUCCCAGAUGCCCAUAUUGCUUUCAAGACCUUUGGGGACCGCAAGCUCCCGGCGAUCGUGUAUCCAACUUGGUUUUCGGGAACCAUUGCGGACAAUACGUGGCUCAUAGGAGAAGACAUGACGCUCAAUCCCAGAAAAUACUUCAUUAUUAUCACCGCAAUGUUCGGUAAUGGACAGUCUUCGUCCCCUUCCAAUCAGGCCAGAUCCAGACCUUUCCCGACGGUCACAUUCUAUGACAACGUGCGCGCUCAGCAUGAACUUGUGACCAAGCAUUUUGGCAUCAGUCACCUUCGCGCCGUGGUAGGUUGGUCAAUGGGUGGGGCCCAGACGUACCAGUGGGCAACGCAGUAUCCCGAUUUCAUGGAUAUAGCUGUUCCAUUCUGCGGUUCAGCAAAGACCUCUCUUCACAAUCUGGUUUUUAUUGAAGGAGUGAAGGCCUCUCUUUUAGCGGUGAAAAAUGUGUGCUCUGCUGGCCCUGGUAAAGACCGAUUGCAGGAGAGCUCCGAUGAGGUGCUGUCCUGGAGUGACAGGGAUAGGGAAGUUGGCCUCAAGGCCAUGGGCAGAGUCUACGCGGGAUGGGGAUUCAGCCAGGCGUUCUAUCGCCACAAGCUGUACGAGACUGAGCUGGGAUAUAAGAAUCUCGAGGAUUUCUUGCAAGGACACUGGGAGAAAUGGGCGUGCUCAAAGGGUAUCUUGAAUAUCUCGGUUGUUUUUUCAUCUGAUGUGCAUUCGCUGAUCAUUCUCCCAGACCCUGAAAAUAUGCUCGUCAUGAUGCAAACCUGGCAGCUGGGAGAUGUGUCCCAGCAAGCUCCUUUUGAUGGAGACUUUAAGAAGGCCAUGGCCUCGAUCAAGGCCAAGACACUGGUCUUGCCAUGCAAGACUGACCUAUACUUCCCCCCCGAGGACUCCGAGUAUGAGGUGGCUUGCAUGACGCCGGGAGUUGGCAAGCUAGAGAUUUUCCCUUCUAUCUGGGGACAUUGGGCUGGCGGCCCUGGGGAUAGUAAGAAGGACGUUGCAUGGCUGGAUAAACAGAUGGGCGAAUUCUUUGCGGCAAACCCCCAAAGGAAUGUUUGA